AUGGAGAACCACACACACACACUGCCAUCCCUUUCCCCUAUCCAUUCCCCCACAAACCCUUCUAAAGCACUUUCCCUUUCUCCGUCUCUUCCCCAGCCCUCUGCUACAGUACCUGCCUCACUCUCUCCACCUUCUCACCUCCUUCAGUCCUCAGAAGGGCUUAAGUCACACCAUUUCAGUCCCUCAACUCCAUCAGAUCAAGAUGACUUGACCUGCCUCAACUGGCUGCAUCAGAGAAACAUACUACCUCUGUCCAAAAUGCCCCCACUGCCUCAGUUUGAAUCACCCCCUAUCUCAAGUCUGCCAUCUUCCCAGGCCAAGCCUCCAUACUCUUUCAGCAGUCUCAUCUUCAUGGCCAUCGAAGAUUCGCCAGACAAAAGGCUUCCUGUAAGAGGGAUCUAUGAGUGGAUAGUCAACAACUUCCCCUACUACAGGACAGCCCCAAGUGGCUGGAGAAAUUCAGUGCGACACAACCUGUCCUUGAGCAAAAGCUUUCGCAGGAUGCAGAGGGACAAGAGUCAAUCCAGUGGAAAGGGGUCACUGUGGUGUGUUUGCCCAGAAUAUCGACCAGCUCUUUUAGAGGUGCUGAAGAAAACUCAUUACUGCCAUAGCAACAACAGCAGUUUGCUGAAUAAUCCUGUUCUGUUGGAGGCAGCUGAUCCUGGCCAAACUGUUAUGUGUGACGCUAUGGAAAUUUCAGACUUGGACUUCAAUAACCCAACUCUGUCCUCAAACGCACCAUGCUCUUUGAUCCCUGAGCAUGAGGAGCUGGUGGCCAUACAGUCUGUAGAGUUUACAGAAGAGACCGAGUCAGAGAAAGACCCACUGGCAGACAGCGGCUACAUUGAAUUCCACUAUUAUCAAUAUGAACAGUACCAGUAUCUGGUGCUGCCUGGGAACAGCGACCUGGACCUGGAAACGGUUGAGAUCCUCCAACUUGAUGCAGAGGCACAAGCAGCUGCAGGAUCGCUGCUCGAUUUAGCAGGAGGAAACCACUGA